CCCAAUGUUAACUGUGAAUAUGAACGACCACCUGUAUGACCACUUAGUUUCAAAUACUUUUAUGAAAGCCAUCCUGCUAAUUACAAUGUUAUCCACUUCUGUUUUCUGUACAUAUAGGUACAACUAUGACCACCACAAUCAUCGCCAUCACGAGCUCCGUUACACUUUUUAUUACUGCAGCCUUCAUCACUGUGGCUUUUGUGGCAUUCAGACAACUGAAAAAAUCCCAUGAAAGGAGGGCUGCCUCUUCCUACAUCUCCCCUAUACGAGAUCUAUUAGCUUCAGCUGGAAGAGUAUGGUAUGACGGUUACCAUGUCUAUGCAGAUAUAGAUGACUCUGAGGUUCAAGGCAACCUUCCUGGUCCAAGACGGGCUUCCAAUUCCAGUAGUCCUGGUGAUGAUUAUGAAGUGGUGGGCCAAGCCGUCAUUACCGUUCAUCCCGAACCAGGGAACCAACAACCAGUCCAGGUUGCAGAUAUCCAAGUGUCAAACAUUGACGAACAUGAACCUGCUCAAGAACAACAGUGUUCCAGCCAGGCAUCAAGUCCUCAACCCGCAUCUUCAGAGAAGCCUGAUUCAAUGUAAUGAUAGAUUCCAUUCUAAUGAUUGAAAUAACAUGACAAUUCCAGAAAUAUCAGUUAUUUUAAGACAAUUUGUAUAACUAUGAUAAGUUGAAAUUUGUUUAAAGUUAAUUGUAUCAUAUGUUAAGACAAUUUAGAAAAUUGGUCAGACUAAUGUUGAUCAGAAACCUCAAAUGCCUAUAUUUAAGUACAUUUGAUUUCUGGAGUUUAGACUCCAUCAAUCGAAAUAUGUUUUUGACUACAUGUUUUUCACGUAGUUGGUUCUAUUUUAAAUGUAAAUGUGGACUUUUUUUCACCGUUCAGAUUAGUGGGGUAGGCUCGUGGUUAUAACAGAUUGACUCCAAGGACCGGGUUCAAUUCCCCACAUGGUUACAAUAUGUGAAACAAUUUUCUGGUGUCCCCUGUCGUGUUAUUACUGUAAUAUUGCUGAAAUGAUGCGAAACCAUACUCACUCAUUCUUUGAGUUGAAGUUACGUAAUCAAUGCUAGUAUUUUUUAUGUACAUUUCAUUUCAUACUUUCCUUCUUUUGAAGAUUUUAAUGUAUCUUUUGGGGGGUUUGAUUAUUAUAAUGGGUUCACUACAACUGGGAUCAAGUGAUGUCGGCACCUGGUUUCAUGUUAUGUUCAUCUCAUUGCUGUAUAUGUUUCCACUGUGUUGUACACUGCAGGCUUUCUGAAUACAGACUUUGAUACCAAACAAGAAAAUAUAAGACACCUCUAGAGUGAGUCAGUUUGGUGCUUGAAACAAUAUUUUGGUGGUAAACAUACUGUGCUUUUAAAGCAGAGCUAUAUAUUCAUAUAGGCAUUUCAAAACAGAAUAUUUGAUAUAUUCUAGCAUGACAACAUGAUGUAACAUCUUUGGUGUUAGUGAAGACAAGAGGUGCAGAAAAAUGGGCUGUUUGGUGUCCCUAAACUUUGUAAUACAAGCAUGUGUUUCAUUUUGUCCAAAAUGAACUGCCAUAGAUAUUUUGAAUAUUCUAGCACAACAUUAUGUAAGCUUCCACUGUGGUGAAGCGUUUAGAUGGUUGGUUUCAAUCAGAGGUUGUUGUUAUCGUUGGACUGAUUGUUGUUUAAUAUGUAAUUCAGACAAAAAUAUGCUUAUCGAGAAACGUAUCCAUAUACUGUGAAAGUCUUUAAAAAUUCCAGUAUUCAAUCUCAUUAAGAACAUUUUCCAACAAAUAGGAUUUAGCACCCGCUGCCAUUCCUUAUUCAUUUUCCAAUGAAACUCAACAUCUGACAUUAAUGUCCAGGAUGGUAUUCACAAAAUACUGACUGAAGUGCCAGUUGACAAUCAGUAAACACACAACUCAAAACAGACACUGACAGGACCACUCUGAUGCAUAGUAUUGCGAUAGUGUUUUGAAAAACCGAUGCCUGGCCAUUACCCUACAUAUAACAUGAUACAGACUGUCAAGGACAUAAGUAGUACUGUACAAGCUCACUAUAGCAGCCUAAAUCAUACAGAUUGCCCCUUGCAGAUGCAUUGAAGCCAAUGUAUAAUUGAUUGUAUAUUUGUUUGUAUUUUUUUCAAUUUUAAUUUGCUGAGAUGUAUGUAUUUGUUUUGAUGAAUAUGACAUAUUGUUUCUCAAACUAAUCACUUUGUUAGCUCACAUAACUGAAAGUCAAGUGAGUUAGUUCAUGGUCAAGUUGUCCGACAUUGGUGGCGUCUGUAAAUAUAUUUUUUUCCAAAACCACUUGACCAAUGAAGCUAAAACAGCACAUGCUUGUUCGUAACCAAUGAUGACAGCUGUUUAACCCAAACUAUGUGUUUUGGAGGGGUGGUUAGGAAGUGAGGGUUCAGCAGAAAAUUAUUAAACAUGAGUUGCAUUUUUGUCUACUUGUGUAUGCUGUUACAACUAAGCCACUCCUGUUACUUUUACAAAGUACAAUCACAUAUUAACAUCAAACUGUUGUCCUUGUUACUCGGAAAGUCCCUCAGGUUACGAGGGAAGUCCCUCGUGUUAAUAAGGAAGACCCUCAUGGUAACAGGAAAGUCCCUCAUGUCACUGUGGAAGACAAACAGGCUACUUGUAAGUCCCUCAUGUUGCUUUGGAAGUCCCUCAUUUUACUUCGGAAGUCCCUGAUAUGACUAGGGAAGUCCCUGGUGUUACUUGGGAAGUCACUCAUUUAACUUCGGAAGUCCCCUCAUAGUACAAAGGAUGUCCCUCGUGUUACUAGGGAAGACCCACAGUGUCCCCUCAUAGUACAAGGGAGGUCCCUCGGGUUACUAGGGAAGACCCACAGUGUCCCCUCAUAGUACAAGGGAAGUCCCUCGUGUUACUAGGGAAGACCCACAGUGUCCCCUCAUAGUACAAGGGAGGUCCCUCGGGUUACUAGGGAAGACCCACAGUGUCCCCUCAUAGUACAAAGGAAGUCCCUCGUGUUACUAGGGAAGACCCACAGU